UGUUGUAACGGCACGGCACUCGUUUUGUUUCGGGCAGAGCGCCUGUCAGCUGUUGAGCUACUGUAUAAUGACAGAUAAAAUGUUUGCUGAUGGGCAGUUGCUAAUGAAAGUUGCAUGUUUGUCAUAAGGGACGUUUCGUCUGUGUUAAAUUCCCUCGAACUCGUCUUUUGAGGACUUUUAAGAAGCGAGUUCAUCAUGAAUGUAAGUAGAACUCGAUGUACUUUGAAGGUUCCAGUAAUGUCACGCUGUUGUUUAAUUUCUGGAACGUGCAUGGACCUGCAGGGAUGGUGCUGUCAGUGUUUGUAGUUCUGCUACUCACAGUGGUGUACGAGCUUCUGAAAGUGUGGAAAAUCACCGUUGGGAAACAGAAGUCGUCCCCCAACACAAGUCCCUCCACUGCAAUGUCAUUCUCUCAAAAUAAGCAGUCCUGUUUUGCCACUGUCAUCAAGUGUCAGGAGGGAAGCAGUUCUCUGGCCAACAGCCCUUCUGAGGUCUCAUUAACUCCCACUGAGAACACAGACAACGCUGCUGACUCCAGUACAGCUGCUAAGAGGAGGAGGUGGAUCCUGCACUGCCUCCAGACCGCAAUCCACAUCGUCCAGGUCACCCUGGGCUACAUGCUGAUGCUCUGCGUCAUGUCCUACAACAUCUGGAUCUUCCUGGGCGUCAUCACGGGCUCCGUCUUGGGAUACUUUGUGGCUUUUCCUCUCCUGAAUCACACUUGAGAAGAAUUAAAACAGCCGGAAAAUGUUAAUCUCCAAACACUGAGGACUCAAGAGCAACAAGAAAGGUUUUAGAUUUUUGCCAUGCCAGGUUUGUGAGCUCAUGAUAUUGAGAUACGACAUCUAAACGUUGUUUUUAAAGAUGAUGCUCUUAUUAUUUGAAAUCUGACAAUAACCAGUUGUACAAUUGGUUGAAAAGACUUUAAAUGUAUUUGAAAGCUCAUUGUGAACACAUUAUCUUACAUUAAGAUUGGUGUUGAACGUGAUUUUAAAUUUGAGGUCACAUUGAACACGUAAAAACAGUUUUAGAUUUUGUGAUAUAAGUAACAAGCUAACUUUUCAGAUACUCAAAUGAAUGUUUAGCUGCUGGCUGUUAUUUUGGGAAAUUGCAUUGCAUCACGUUUGAUAUUAGUGUCGCAGUAAACUUCUUACAUGACUUAACAGCAGGCGUACGCUUGUCAUGCUGGAAAUGACUGCCGAAUGUGGAACAAAAGCAUUGGUUUAGAAGAGAAAUGCAAAUCAUGUGGCCUUAGUUAAUGUUCAGCAGGAACACAGAGACACUGAAACUAAUUGACUGACCGAGAGAAGAAACUGGAGACCUGCAAUUCUCACCACAAGCAUUUAAAUGUGCUAGUCAUAAAAAUCACACACACACACACACGCACGCACGCACGCACACACACAGGUGUUUUUUGUUGGUUUGGUCUCUACUGCAAGUGGUCAUCAUUUUAAAAUGGUUUUAUCAAAUUAAAUGAUCUGGUCUAAA